UCUGUUUUCCUUUCGGUCACAGAGAUCCAUUCCCAAAUAUUUUUUCAGUUUCAAGCCUUUCAGAUAGGCCUACAUGUGCAUUUGCGUGAAUGUGUAUGUAAUGCGUUUGUUGACGAUACGUUGCAUAACCAGAGGCGUUCGACUAAAUACGCCCUCUGUACGUUUCAUGCGAUUGUUGACAGUGUAACUCGGGUGCUCAGUCAGACUAGAUAGAUUUCUCCUCGCUACUUGCAAUCGACUUCUUCAGAAUGGACAGAUGACGAAGCCGCAUUCAUUUGGGGGUAGUCGGCAACAGCAACAUUGUAGCAGACUUGCUGCCAGGUGCCUUUCUGCAACAUUGUUGCAGGUGUCUUCCUGUUGCGCUCACUUUGUAUCAAGUUAACAAGACUAUUCUUAACCGGAUGUUGCUGCCUGUGAACUGAGGUGACAGCUGGAGUGGAAAAUAUCGAAAGUAACGCCUGCCUUUUGAACUCCAUAGUGUCAGCACGACUUAAAAGACAUGGAGAAAUAAGGCAUGAAGCGGGUGUUCCCUAAGAUGAAGUUCAAGUAGGCCCAAGUAAGUCGAGUAUGGGUUUGCUGCUCUGGGACGUUCGGGUGGAACCGUGGUCGUUACAAGUGUGACAAAAUGUGACGGGAUAUUCUGAAGCAGGUCUGCCACGCCAAGGAAUUUGCUGCCUCGUGUGAGUCUAUGUGUUGUUGACAAAAUGUCGUGGUUGGAGAACGUGGCCAAUGUGGCCUUGCGGGUACCCAGUUUGCUUGCCCUUGAUCUGCUGUACAAAUGCGACAUAGAGAGCUUCACGGAGCACAUCAAGGCCAGGAAUGAAGAUAUGCUUUUCAAGUACAAAUAUGUCAUCUGGAACGUCUACUAUGUAGGUCAGCUGUUGAGCAUGGUGAUGCUGGUGCUUCCACUGGGCCACAUUGUGCAGCUGUACUUGCACGUGCUCACUGGGCUGCUGCUCUACGUGGGCCAUCACAACUGCAGGGAUUAUAUACAGGCAGAGAUGCGUUAUGGGGAGGACAGGCCGCUUUAUCUGGACUCUCAUGCCUUGAACAGUUUUGUAUCUACUCUGACCGGCCAGGUGAUUGUGAGCACGCUGUGUGCGUUCCUGAUGCGUACGCGUCAGGUGUGGCUGUUCUCGGCUCACCUGCUGCCCCUGGUGGCGCGGGCCUGCUGCCUGCCCCUGGACACGGUCGGCACGGUGGCCUCCGCCUCCAUGGUCAUCUCCUGCCUGCAGGUGGCCGCCUUCCUGCUCAGCCACAUGUUCCUGCCCUACAGGCUGGCCAAAGCAGCCUACACCGAGGUGCAGGAGGUGGGCUUGCAAAGGUUGUUUGCUGUGUGUGUGUCGGUGUGGCAGAGCUUCUCUGUGCCUCUGCUCUUCUCUGUCUUCUGGCUUCUGCUGUUUGGUGCCCAGCUCUGCAGUCCUGCAACCAGCCACCAGGGGCUGCUCUUGUUCCUACUUGGCAGCGUGUCUGAGAGUUGCUCCACCCCCUACUCCCUGAUGGGCCUGGCGUGUGUGGUGUCCUAUGUGGCACUGGGCCUCAUGAAUCUCUGCAAGUUCUUCCUGGGAGGAUACGCAGCCGUGCAGAACCACAAUGUCAUGCACAGUGGCGUGACGGAGGGCGUGACGCUGCUGCUGCUGGCACUGCAGACGGGGCUGUUGGACAUGUCGUCUGUGCAGCGCUCCUUCCUCCUGUCCAUCAUCCUCUUCAUCAUCCUCACCUCCACCCUGCAGAACAUGAUCGAGAUCACCGAGCCCAUCGUACUGGCACUGGCCGCCAGCAGAAACCGGAGUGUGUGGAAGCACCUGCGGGGCCUGAGCAUGUGUGUGCUGCUGCUGCUCUCCCCCAUCCUCAUGGCCUACAAGCUCUCCCAGUUCUUCGUCAUGGACCUCUGGCUCCUCAUCCUCCUCUCCAGCUGCAUCCUCACCUCUCUACAGGUGACGGGCACGCUGCUGGUCUACGGCCUCUUCAUGCUGGAGGUGUGCCUCUCCACGGCCAUCGCGGGCCUGGACGAGGUGGUGUACUACGUGAACGGCGUGUGCCGGGCGCUGGAGUUCCUGCUGGCCGUGUGCGUGGUGCUGUACGGCGCCUGGGAGUGCCUGUUUGGCGAGUGGAGCUGGCUGGGCGCCUCGGUGCUCAUCGUGCACUCCUACUGCAGCGUGUGGCUGCGCGCCCGGGCCGGCUGGAGCAACUUCCUGUUGCGCAGAGAGGCGGCCCGGAAGAUCAACCAGCUGCCCAGAGCCACGCCGCAGCAGCUCAAGGACCACAACGACGUCUGUGCCAUCUGCUACCAGGACAUGUCGUCGGCCGUCAUCACCUACUGCGGCCACUAUUUCCACGGCAACUGCCUGAGGAAGUGGCUGUACGUGCAGGAGACGUGCCCCAUGUGCCACGCCCCGAUCAAACAAGCCACGCCCACCCAGACGUCAGCAGCCACUGGCGAUGAUGCCCCACAGGAUGAGGUAGUCCCCAAUGGUGAAGACAACGAUGACAUUGACGAUGACAAUGACAAUGGGUCCUCGUCUGAAGGAGUGGAGUUCACAGAAGACGAACUGGAACAGGAACAGGAACAGGACCAGGAAAUGGAAGACAGUAGUGACAAGAGGAGAGAGGAGGGAGGACACGCACACUCCGAAGGAUACAUCAGCUCUUCGGAAUGCACAAACCCACCGCACACCAGGGAAACAGACGCCGAAAACGACAAGGGGGGCUCAUCUGAGGGAGAGGAGUUCACCGAAGUAGAGGAAGAAAUGGAAGAAAGCGGCGUCAAGAUGGAAGAGGAACAACACACACACUCCGAAGGAAACACGCCAGCACACACACCUCCUCCACACACACUAGAGGCCACUGACAAGGAGGGCUUGGCCUCUGCAGCGCCGUGUUUGGGCAGCAAUGGCCUCCCUCCUUCAUCACCACCAUGACAGCCACUGAUGGUAUUGGUAUAGAAUGGGAUGUCGACAUCAAAGAUGGACAUUGGAGGAGACUAAAGACCCAGCGGAGUGAUAUGGCCACAGGAGUGACGAUGAAGAUGGAUCGUGGCUGAAACAGGCAGCUGUUGGGAUGUCAGAGGAGAAAAACAAGGCCAACAAAGUUAGAAUGAAGAUGAUGCGCCAUGGGUAAACGAGAGUGCUGUUGGACAGCGGCCAUAUUACAAAAAGGUGGUUCAGUUGCAAAUAAGGUUAGGUUAACCUGGAGGAAGUGGUAUAUUACCUAAUACAAGAGGCUGGAGUCCUGCUUUUCUUAACUGAAUGAUGCCAUCAGGCUAUACAUUAGCAGAUUUCCCACUGUCUGCAGGUUAACUUAACCAAGUUUAUUACUAAAACAAUGUCUGACCACAGUGCCCCAGCUGUGGUGCAUGGACAAGAACAACAUCAACAACAUUGUCAGGGUACUUUUAACUACUAUGAAGAGCAGAAAGAGUUGAAAACCUGUCACAGUACAGAAACUUGUAAUCUCAAAUGUGAUUUCCUCUGUCUCUGCCUCCCUCUCCCAUCAAAUUUCUCUCUGUGACCAUACGCAUCACGGUACUUGAGGAGCCAUUUUGUGUACUCUAGAUUUUGCAGACAGGCCUUUAAAAUAAUGUGCUGUUCUGUCCAAAAUGACUGACUAUAACUCUCUAAAUGCCUUUUUCUGCUUGUCUGUUCAGUUUUUGGACAAUAGAGUUACUGACAUGAUGCAUGCUUACUUACUUGUAAUGUUUUACAGUGGGCAGGAAGAAGUGAGUUUUACAGUAACGUACAUGCAUAGCUGACAGACCCUGUUGGAAAAGACAAUUGGUCAGUUUGAUAAUUCUCUGGAAUUGUCUCUCAGGACAUGUUCAGCUGAGAUGGACAGUGUGUGUGUGUGUGAGUGCGUGAGUGUGUGUAAUGUGUGAGAGACACUGUGUGUGUGCGCAUGCGUGCGUGUGUCUGGGUGAGUGUUUGUGUGUUCAUGCGUGUGUGGGUGAGUGCCUCUGUGUGUGUUUGUUUGUGGAAAUUGUUUGUGUGCAUGCAUAUGUGUGCGUGUGUGUAGAAGGUUAUGUUUUUGUCUAUUAAAGAAAAAGAUUCACCAGUAGCAAUAUACUGUAUUGAAUGGAAAAAUCGUAACCUAACGGGAAGAAAUAAAUACCUAAUCACUCAGAUUUGUGGUAUUAACAGGUUAUUUUGUCUUAAUAAAACCUUUAAAAGCGUUAAACUAAGACCAA